AUGGCCCCCGAGAUGGACCAGUUCUAUGAGUCCACCAUGACCAUCUACAAGAGCAUCAUGGAGCAGUUCAACCCCGCCCUGGAGAACCUGGUGUACCUGGGGAAUAAUUACCUGCGGGCCCUCCAUGCACUGUCCAAAGCCGCUGAGGUGUACUUUAAUGCCAUCCAGAGGAUCGGGGAGCAGGCCCUGAAGAGCUCCACCACUCAGACCCUAGGUGAGAUCCUGGUGCAGAUGUCCGACACCCAACGGCACCUGAACUCCGACCUGGAAGUAGUGAUGCAGACCUUCCACGGAGACCUGCUGCAGCACAUGGAAAAAAAUACCAAACUGGACAUGCAGUUCAUCAAAGAAAGCCGCCAGCACUACGAAGUCGAGUAUCGCCACCGAGCCGCCAAUCUGGAUAAAUGCAUGUCUGAGCUGUGGCACAUGGAACGCAAGAGGGACAAGAAUGUGCGGGAGAUGAAGGAAAGCGUUAACCGGCUACACGCACAAAUGCAGGCCUUUAUGUCUGAGAGUCAACGGGCCGCUGAGCUGGAAGAGAAGAGGCGCUACCGAUUCUUGGCUGAGAAACACCUGUUGCUCUCCAAUACCUUCUUACAGUUCUUUGGCCGGGCCCGGGGGAUGCUGCAGAACCGAGUGGUGCUGUGGAAAGAGCAGUCGGAGGCCAGCCGCGGUCCGUCCCGCGCCCACUCCCCAGGCCUGCUGGGCUCCAUGCUGGGCCCACCCUACCCCUCAGGCCGCCUGACACCCACCCGCCUUGACAUGCCCCAGAGACCCCUGGGAGAAUUCGGCUCCCCCCGCAGCCGGCACGGUUCAGGCUCCUACGGCCCGGAGCCCGCCGAGGCCAGGUCCGCGUCCCAACUGGAGCCUGACCGCCGCUCCCUACCCCGGACGCCAUCUGCCUCCUCGCUUUACACCGGCAUCACCCAGCGCUCGCGCUCCGACUCCUUCGGCGAGCGCGGGGGCGGCGGGGGCAGUGGCAGCGGGGGCGCCAGGAGAGUUCGCGCCCUGGUCUCCCACUCGGAGGGUGCCAACCACACGCUGCUGCGCUUCUCGGCUGGAGACGUCGUGGAGGUGCUAGUGCCUGAGGCCCAGAACGGCUGGCUCUACGGCAAGCUGGAGGGCUCAUCAGCGAGCGGCUGGUUCCCUGAGGCGUACGUGAAGCCUGUGGAGGGGGUACCUGUGAACCCCAAGAAUUCCUUGAACUCCAUGUCCACCAUGACCCCUGGGAAUGAGUUACCUUCCAGGUCGUACCCUCUCCGGGGAAGCCACAGCCUCAAUGACCUGCUGGACCCACCUGGCAACUCCGCUGCUCCCUCGGAGUACUGGGAUGGCCAGUCCCGCUCCCGCACCCCGAGCCGGGUCCCCAGCCGCGCCCCCAGCCCCGCACCCACACCCCUGCCUAGCAGCCGCCGCAGCAGCAUGGGAAGCAUGGGGGUGGCCAGUGAUGUUAAGCAACUGUUACCAUGGGAGCAGCAAUCCCCGGCACUCUUUCCUCGGGGCACGAAUCCCUUUGCUACCGUGAAGCUGCGACCCACCGUCACCAACGACCGCUCAGCACCCCUCAUCCGCUGA